AUAGUCUGUAUUAUGUUGGCGAUAAAAGUUGCUUAUCUUCGUGCAGAGAUGUUACGCGUAUAUGGCGCGAAUAAAUUGAAAUGUUAUGUAUAGAUGAAAUUGCAUAAGAAACAACAUUUGAUUCGUGUAAUUUGUAAAUAUUGUACGAUUUUGAUUUAAUAAUUCAAGUUUUAUGUUGCUAUACGCUAGGUAAUCGUGUGCGUCAGUGUAUGUGUGAUGAAACUGAGAGUAUAAACGAAGUUUUGCAACAUUGUUUUUCUUUCCUGUUCUAAUUUAGUAUGACAUUUUCAAGCCUUAUUUAGUUUUUAAAUAUUAGCUUCAGUAGGAAUAAUUUUUUCUGAAUAAGUGCUGCAAAACCAUUUUACAUGACGAAUGCCUUCCUUGGGCUUAAUGACAUUCAGAAACUUAGUGGCGACGGCGAAGACGAAGAAAAUUACGGUCGGUGUGAAAGUCCAGUGUUAAGUAAGAUUUAUCAUCGAUCUCAGCAUUCAACCAAGGAAAUGACGCCAGAUGACCCCGACUUGUUGGGAUCAGCACGCGAAGCUCUGACACCCCUGCUGGCGACACCACAGCCACUCACAGGGCAUGAUCCAGCAGCAGCUGUUCCUGUUGGGCUACCUGCAGUUAAUCCAUCAUUUUCCGUAGACACGAAUCUCAUGCCGUGUACAGCGAAGAUCCCAGAAUCUUUAUGUGACUUGCUCAAUUUUGAGAAUACAUCAUGGACAAGUUCUUUGGCUACUCCGCAUGGACAAAAUGUAACUUAUUCUAACCUCAACACAGAAGAGAAGAAAGUAUUGGUCUCUAGCAAACCUGUCCCUCGCACACUUUUCACACCAGAGGUGAAGGGGGAACAAUCACAAAACAACCUGAGUGAGUCUUUGAUGGAAUGCAGUGAAGUACUUCACAGUGUGAAACCUAAAAAAUUAUGCAAAGCAUAUAAAGAAUUUUGUACCAGUGAGAUUUUGUCCUCAAAUGACACUUUGCAAAACACAACAGUAUUAACUGGUAUAGAAAAGUAUUCAGACAUAUCUCUUGCUUGUAGCACAUCUGCAAAGGAGCCGUAUCUGGUGAGGGAAGUGCUUGAUUUGUUGGUAUCUCCAGUAACUGUUUCUAGGCAGAAGACUUGCUUGAAGUCAGACCCAUUAUCGGAAACACCACUGCACAAUGGUAACCAUAAACAUGUCCAUGAAUUGGGGAAGUUAUCCAAGUUUAGACCGAAAGCAAAAAGACUUUUUCGCAAAGGGAACAAAAUGUACCCCGAUAGGAAGAGUGACACUACAGUUAACGAAGAUCAGAAUAAAAGUGAUACUGAUGAUGGUCCCACAGCAAAUAUGUCUAAAGAGCUAUCAAAAAGCCCAAAUUUGAGUGGCACUUUUAUUUUUGAAAGCCCUGUUUCACCUGUUAUUAAAGCAAAAGCAGAUGAGAAGCAACAGAAAGAUGGUGUCACGUUUUUUUCUCCAGUGUUACACAAAACUCAGGAGUUUUUACAUGACUUUUCAUUUAGCACUCUUGAAGAAGUGUGCCAGGCAUCUGAAGUCUUAGCUUCAGGUUGUUGCUCUCCAGUUGAAAACUGUGAAAUUUCUGAUAACUUUGUAUCACAAAAAAGGGAGCCAUGUAGAUCCCAGAGUGUAUCACCAAUUGAAUUUGAAAACAUUUCAUCUAAUAGCAGUAGAAUGGUUGUGAAUAAGACUUCAACUCCAAUCCACUCUGAAAGAAAUAAAAAAGUUUGUGCAAACAAAAAGAAAAUUAAGUUUCUUAAUGUUCACAAGGGACAGAAGUAUGAUCCUUCUGUCUCAGGAUUUCAAGAAAAAUUAGACUUUCUUUGUAAACCUCAGGUACCUUCUCAGACAUCCAAUAGAGCUGAACAGUUUACAAAAUAUGAAAAAGACCUUCAACAGUGCAAUAGUACUUUAAUAAAUAACUGUGUUGAAUGUGACAAUGUCAUACCAGAUAAAACAGAGUCACUGAGGCAUCGUGUAGUUUCAGUUAAGUCCAGUCUGAAGCAAAAUAAGAAGUUUGCUUAUAUUUCAAAACUGGGAACAUGUAACACUGUAAACAUUACAAAAUUUCCUUCUGUUGAUACUGUUCUCAGUAAUAUGCUACAGUCAGCUGAAGCUUUAGAAGCAAUCAACUGCUUUCAGAAUGAAAAUAUCAGCACUUCCUUAAAGAAAGAUUUGGAGCAAAUCUCUAGGAAAGAGACUGAUUUUCUACCAUUUAGUGAGUGGAAUUUGACUCCUGCAGGCCAACAGUCGGCUGUCGGAAAUUUUGCGAACACUUAUAACUCACUGAAAAAAUGUAACACUUCAGAAGAAGAAUCAAAAGGUAAUUCAGAUAAUGCUUUUCAUAAAACUUUGGGAAAUAAUACUAUCGCUAAUGGAAGAAAAAGGAAAAGCGGUAGUCGUGGAACUCUGGGAGACGAGAGUAUUGCAAAGAGAACAUGUAUUGAGGAAGUUAAAAGUAUGCAAGUAGCAAAUGUGUUCAAGAAGCCUGUUUCUAAUAACCUGCAACCAUUCGUCUCAGACACACAGCUGAAUGUAGUCUUUGAUAAUGUUGAAGCAAUAGUUGCUGAAUUCAACAAUAAGUCUGAUAUACUUGGAACAGUUGGCAGAGCUUGUAAUACACAGAACUUGAGCAGUUUGCAUACAGAAAACAAAUGCCCAUCCAGUUUGCUGGAAAAUAUAAAUGCCCUUCCUGGUGAAAAUUGUGUUGAUGAAGAAAAUAUUAGUGCAGAGGAAAAUGAUUUAAAUGAUGGCAAAAAUAGAAUAGAAUUAUUUAAUAUGGAUAAAAAUGAAAUAAAUUUGCUACAGAAUCCUAUAGAAUUAAAGACUCAAAGUCAUUGCAGUCUGAAACGUAACCGACCUGAUUCUGAAACAAGCAUUGAAAGCUCAAGGAAUCUGGAUAAGAAAUUAAAAAAAGAGCUCGAUGCUUCUGAAAAUAUUUCUUUGGACAGAGGAUAUACUAAAACUAAUCGUCUUAUAAAACGGCCUGAAGUAAAACAGAAAAUUCCUAAAAUCUGUCAAUUCAAUUAUCAUGAAAUUGAAGAAAUUGGUUCAGAGGAGCCUGCUGCUGAAGAAUAUAAUGAAACAAGUUUCCUCAAGUCACACCAACAUAUUUUUGAUAGCAGUUUUACAGCUGCAACUCAAAAGACAACAGAGCUUUUCGGUAAGAAGGAACAAAUGAAAGGAGAAGCUUUGCUUAGGUGCAAGCAGAAAAAUUCCGUUGAAUGUAAGAUCACUGAUGAAACAGAAAAGGAGAGUAGUCUGAUAGGUUCUGCACGGUAUCUCUUAAAAAAUAUGACUGAAGAUAGUGUUGAACAUGCAUGUUACACAGAAUAUAAUAAAAGGGAACCAGGUCACUUCAGUAUUAAAUCAGAAAGUAACAGUAUUAGUGAAAAUGAGUCUAGUCACCAAGAAUCUCAUAUGGGGAACAUGACCCAAGUAUUCCAGAAGAAAUAUGAUAUGGUGAUCUCCCCUACAAUUUGCAAUGCAGGAUCUCACAGCUCAAAAAUUCAUGUGGACAGCAAUUCUUUGAAUGAUAAUUCGAAGGAAAUGUGUAAAAUAUCAGCAUUUAACUAUGGGAAGCAUUGUGAGAAAAUUCCUAGUAGUGAUGAAUUUUUACAGACUCAAACUACUGUUACAUUAUCUUCAGUGGACAAUGGAGAAAAAGGGUUGUGUGCUCAGAAUGAUACUUUAAAUAUUAAGGUUUUAGACACAUCUGAUUAUGGAGUGUCUUUUACAACUGCCAAAGGAAAGAAAAUUGAAAUGUCAAAAGAGUGUCUGGAUGUAGCUUGCAAUUUGUUUAGAGAUAUUAUUGAACCGAAUAUUGAACAAACUGAUGGGCAGGUGAUGUGUACAACACCGCAAAAGGGUUUGAUAGAGACAAUUACCAUAAGAGAAGGAAAUAAAACAAAACAUAAAGUGUCAGUGAAUAAUGACACAAAAAAUUGCAAAGGAAAUGGCGUAAAAAGUGACAAUUCAGAAUUGGAAGCUUCCAGAAUUAAAUCAGUAAAUGUUGUAAAUAGCAGUGAUACACUUUCAGUACCGUUGCAGGUUGGGUUUUCCACUGCAAGUGGAAAAAAGUUCACAAUUCCUGAAAAAUCCGUCCAGAAAGCUAGGCAUAUGUUUCAGAAUAUGAUGGAGCUAGAAGCCACAGGAGAUGAUACUCUACUUAAAGACUAUGAUGUGUUCGGUGUAGCAAAUACUAAUACAGUUUCCUCAUCCAACAGAAAUUGGACUAACUUUCAAAGAUGUAGUGUAGUGCCUGAAAAGGCUAUGCACAUAACAAGACAGUUUCAAAGGAAAGUGGAGAAUGCUGCAGAUUCUUCUUCCAGUGGUGAAACGUUGCAGUACUUCAAAAAGCGAGAGUUUGUUAGAGUAAAUAAUACUGUGUCAUCAGAAUUCCCCAGGGAUGUUUGUGAUGUAGCGGAUUCACACCUCAGCAUGUUGCAAAUGCAGCUGGAUGGAACAAAGAAACAGUCUGUAAAAUUUAAAAUAAAUAGUUCUACAAGUAAUGUGACUGAUGAUAAACAAGAAGAGGGAAAUAUUUUGGCACAGGUAAGUGAGUCAAGUGAAUCAUUACUAGAAAUAGACAGUAUUCCUGCUGAUAAAACUGAAUUGGAUGUGACGAGUAAAACAGUUGAAAGUGGAUUUAUAACUGCUGCAGGGGGAAGACUUUUUAUCCUAGAGAAAGGGGUACAUAAAGCAAGGAAAAUUUUUUCAGACAUUGAGUCACAAUUUUCCAGUGAAAGUAAAGAUUGCAAUAGCAGUAUAGAAAGAUCAACAGAGAGUGCUUAUGAAGGGGAUAAUGAGCCCAAGUACAUAAUGUCCACUGAUGUUAAGAGCCCUCUACAAAAGAGUUCUUCACAUAAAACUAUGAAGGCUCUGUUAGGUACUCAAGGCAACAAUAAUUUGCUAAAUAGUGAAUGUGAUACCACUUGUAAUGUAGCUGGAAGUAUGUUAGAGAAUACUAAAACUAAAUUUGAAUCUACCUACAUGACUUGUGCUGAAAGUGAUGCCACUUUGUCAAAGUCCUUAAAGGUGGAAGCUAGUACUAAGUAUCCAGAUAAUUGUCACAGAAUACAGACAGAAGAUGCAAGUGCUGAAUUUUAUAAAGGUCUAGAUAGUGAGAGUAAUUUAAAUAGAGGAUUUAUGACAGCUGCUGGAAAAAAUAUUACUGUAUCAGCUACUUCUCUGGACAGAGCAAAGAGUAUGCUGUCAGACAUUUCUGUGAUGAAUGAGGAUGAUUGCAAAAACAUUAUUGUGCAAGUGAGGAGAAGAGAUUUGAAAGAUUCUCCCAUAUAUGAGGAAAAGAACAAAUGCAAUGUGUUAAGCAAGCAACAUAUUAAGAAAGCUCUGACAGAGCAUAAAGAAGAAAGGAAGAGAGGAAGAAAAGUCUCACUAAUGGUUCGUAAUUUGUCUGAGUCUUUGAAUAAAUUGACUGUACCGGAAACUGUGGGACAAACUGAUCUCGGAGCAGAGAAAUGCUCAGAAGAUAUUUCUGCAGUGCCAGUGCAGGCAUUCAAGAGUUAUUUCAGUUGUGGUUUUCAGACUGCUGCCAGUAAACCGCUUGAAAUAUCUCUUGCAUCCCUUAACGAAGCAGAGGAAAUGUUUCAUGACGUAAUGGAUACUGUUGCUGAGGAACAUAAUCACACUGCUGUGGCACAGAGAAAAAAGGAGAAUGAACUGUUCAAGAAAUCUCAGCAAAAUGCAGAAACUAUUUUACCAUUGGUUGAGAGGAAUAUUAGUGUGCAUGAUGAAUCUGUGAAAACACUGGACACUAUGUAUGUGGCAGAAAGAAAACUGGGAACAAAUGUGUCACCUGAAAAAAUUGAUACAUUCAAUUUUGCUGCUGCUAGUGGCAGAGAUGUUGAAAUUCCACAACUUUCAGCACAAAAAGUAAAGAACACAUUGAAGGCACCAAGUAAUUUUGUUCCUAAGGAAGCAAAUAGAAUCACAACAGAUGAUAUUUGUGCAACAUUUUCGGAUAAAGUGGAAAAGGCAUUAUUAAAUGAGACAAUAUUAAUCGAGCAAACAUCCAACAUACAAUCUGAAAAGGAAAUUAAAACUUUUGACAAUGAAGAAAAUUUUGUCCAGUGCAAAAGAUUGAAAAUGUGUGGUGGUUUUUUUACAGCUGGUGGUAAAAAGGUCGAUGUUUCUGAUGAAAGUCUAAAGAAAGUCCGAAAUCUGUUUUCUGAUAUAACAGAAAAUGUCGAAGAAACUACUUUCACUGUAGGGAAUAUGGAGGAAAAAGAGACAGUUGGUGAGUCCGCUUCUAAGGGACAAGAUGUAAUCUUCCAUGGAAAAGUGCAAAACUUAUCACAAGACAAGGAUAUGGAAAUAGAGAAAAUAUACGAGACUAAAUCUAAAAAUGAAGUUCAAAUUCUUGACAAAAAAGAAAGCUCUGUGGAUUGCAAAAGUCUGUAUAUAUGUGGUGGUUUUCUAACAGCUGGUGGUAAAAAGGUGGAUGUUACAGAAGAAAGUCUCAAAAGAGUCAGAACUCUUUUUUCUGAUAUAACAGAAGAUGUUGAAGAAACUACAUUAACUGUGGAGAAUUUGAAGGCAAAACAAGCAAUUGAGAUGUACACUGAUAAAGGAAGGGAUCGUGUAUCCUCUGGGAAAGUGAGAAAAUCAUCACAAGAGAGGGCUAUGAAAAUCACGAAAAUAUCUGACACUGAAUCUGAAAAUGAAGUUCAAAUUCUUGACAAGGAAAAAAAUCCUGUAAAUUUCAAAAAACUUAGCGUGUGUGGUGGUUUCAGUACUGCCAGUGGGAAAAAAAUUAAUGUUUCAGAAGAAAGUUUGUCAAGAGUCACGAAUGUUUUUUCUGAUAUAACAGAAAAUGAAAAUAAUACUUUUACAGUAGGGAAUAUGAAGGUGAAAGAAGCACAUGAAGCGUAUUCUUCCAAGAAGAAAGAUAUGAUGUCUGUUGAGAAAGGGAAAAAGUUGUCACUGAACAAGAAUGUAACAACCAGGAAAAUAUCUGACAGAGAAUUUGAAAAUGAAGUGAAUCUGCUUGACACAGAAGAGAGUUCUACCAAUUGCAAAAGACUAAAUAUAUGUGGUGGUUUUGUUACAGCUGGCGGUAAAAAGGUGAGUGUUUCAGAAGAAAGUUUGGUGAGAGUCAAGAAUCUGUUUUCUGAUAUAACAGAGAAUGUUGAAGAAACUGCAUUGACAUUAAUGAUUGUGAAGGGAAAAGAAGCAACUGAGAAAUACAGUGUCAAGAAGAAAGAUGCAGUAUGCCUUGAGAAAGUGAAAAACUCAUCACCAGACAUGUGCACUGGAACUAUGAAAAAAUCAGAAACAGAAUUUGAAAAUGAAGUGAAUCCACUUAACGAGGAAAAGAAUUCUGUCAACUGCAAAAGACUAAAUGCAUGUAGUGGUUUUGUUACAGCUGGUGGUAAAAAGGUGGAGGUUUCAGAAGAAAGUCUGGUAAGAGUCAGAAAUCUGUUUUCUGAGUUAACAGAUAAUGCCUUAGAGAAUAAACUGACUGUAGAGCAUGUGAAAGGAAAAGAAACAACUGGAAAUCAGUCUCUUAAGAAAAAAGGUGCAUUAUCACAUGAGAUAGUGAAAAAACGACUAUCAGACAGAACUACUGGAAGCAAGAAAAUAUCUGAUUCAGAAUCUGAAAAUGAAGUAAGGCUGUUCGAUAAGAAACAAAAUGUUAUAGGUAGUGAAAGGAUGAAAAUGUAUGGUGGUUUUGUCACAGGCUGUGGUAAAAAAGUGGAGGUCUCUGAAGAGAGUUUGAUGAAAGUAAGAACUCUUUUUGCCGACAUAACAGAUAAUGAGGAAAAUUCAUCUUUGGUUUCAAGGAAUGUAGACAGUUCCCCAUCAUAUAUAAACAAAGCCUGUAUUACAAACUUCGAUUGUCUCCAGAAUGAAUUUGUAGGUAUGGAAACUCAUCUUCAGUCAGCAUAUCGGAAGCCUACUGCUACUAGCUCCAAAGAAACAGUAAUUUCAGUUUUAGAUAGAAAAAACUAUAUUUCUGGCACUUCAAACAAGCCACAUGGUAAUGCUUUUGCAGAAAAUAUGUUGCAGCACAAUGUGAAGGUUAAUGUAGCUAAUAAACUGAGAAUCCAAAAACAUGAAACCACUUUGACACAGGAAGUUUCAGAAAGUACAGCAGCCCUUCUUCUAGAUGAUGAUUUUAAGAAAGAAUUAGAAGAAUCAGAUUCCUCAUGUUUCUCUGUGUUAACAGAAAGAAGCUGCUCUCCAGAUUUGUCUGUUACUAUGGGAAGUACCACCAGUACGGACAGAGAGCCAGGAAGUCCAGUUAUUGGCUCAAGGAACAAAUGCAACCGAUCAAAUAAAGUGCUUGUACGCAAGAACACUUCAGCAAAGAGAGCUGAAAGUGUCACAGCAUCAGUGAAGAAGGUAUGUGACCAAUCACAAUCUGAAGAUAAGAAGAAUAAUAUUCCACCAUUCAUACCAGAGAUAAAUGGUAGACAGAAGAGAUGCAGCUCUGUUAAAAAUAAUGAAUUGCAUAAAAUGCAUUGCAAGUCUAAUACAAAUCUGAAUGAAAAUGCUGGUCUCGAAAAUGACAGAGAACCACCAGCUGCGAAGAUCAAAGCGUCUAUCGUCCCAUCACCAGGAAGUUGGUUGCAGCUAAGAAUGACAAGCCAGAAACGGUGUGUUAAGUGGAGAGACUUUUCUGGUGGCAAUGCUCCAUCCCAAUUUACAGAAUCAGAACUUCUUCAGUUUGGAGUGAAAAAAUCUGUAAUAAAUGUGACAUCCAAAACAGCUGAAUUUUUUAAAUUUUCUGCUCAUGAUUUUUACAGGGAAGAAGACUGUCAAACUCUUCAAGCUACGGAUGAUACAUCUUUGGAAUUUGAUUUGGAUGGGUUUGCUGGUGUGCAAGAAGUGGAACGAGCUUUUGUAACUAGUCCUAAUGUGGACAAAUCUCUAAUACCUGCUGGAUGGAUUCAGAACCAUUAUCGCUGGAUUGUCUGGAAAUUGGCUGCAACAGAGAGGAGCUUUCCCCAUAUUUUUGCUUCAAGAUAUCUGACUCCUCGUGUGCUGCUUCUGCAACUGAAGUAUCGUUAUGACCGUGAAAUCGAUAGGUGUCAGCGAUCUGCUUUAAGGAGAAUCGUGGAGCACGAUGAUGCGCCAGGCAAGCGUAUGGUACUUUGUGUUGCAGAUGUAAUCAAGCAUGAAGCAGCACAGGAAGAAAAUGGAAAAGAAGGAAAUAGACAGUGCUUGAAAAUGUGCAACUAUGAAUUGGAACUGACUGAUGGUUGGUACAGCAUUGGGUGCACUGUUGAUAUGGAAAUGUGUCACUUAAUAGAAGCAGGCCGUGUUGCAGUUGGUACUAAGCUAGUAACCCACAGUGCAGAGCUGGUCAACUGUGAACAGCCUUGUUCACCAUUGGAGGCAGGACCCAAUGUUAGAUUAAAAAUCCAUACAAAUUCAACAAGAAGAGCACGUUGGGAUUGCAGACUUGGGUUCUGUAGACAGCCUGGUCCUUUGCCUGUCUCUCUCAGUUCACUGAAACCUGCUGGUGGUGUCAUCAGUUGUGUUUCUGCUGUAAUUGCUCGAGUCUAUCCUGUUGUAUAUAUGGAAAAGGGCCCUGAUGGAAAGGCAGAAUUUUAUUCAGCAAAGCAAGAGGCACUUCGUGCUUCAAAACGAGAGCGACAGUGGCAAGAGCAUAUAGAAAAACUAUACAGCCAGGAACGUGCACAAUUGAGUCAGAUAGAAUGGUUCAGUGCCUGCAGCCAACAAAGUAAAAGCAAAGGGAAGAAUAAACAACACGUAACAACUCCUACGCGACAACAGUUAGCUUCUGCUACAAGCGCUGAAGACCUUUGCCAGUUACUUUUCAACGCACCUGAUCCAGCGUCACUUCAGUCUUUAUUGACUGAGGAGCAGCAAAAUGCUGUUGCUAACUAUCAGCAGAUGCGCCACCAGCAGUUGCUACAAGAACUGGAAUCAAGAGUUCGCAAGAGAAUAGAAGAAGAAAGAAGUGUGACUUCAUCAUUAGCGCUACUGAAGGUUCGCUGUCUGGAUGCUAAAGACUGUUCUGCUAGGUCAGCAGUUCUUUCCAUUUGGCGCCCUUCAGAAGAUCUCUUAACACUGUUCCAGGAGGGUAGUGUAUUGAAGAUAUUUAGCAUCACUGCCAAUGGAUUAAGGAAUGGAGACUUGCAACUUUCUGCGUGCCGCCAGUCUCGUUAUCAGCCACAACCUAGUCACCUUCCAGAAGAUUUCCCAGCCAGAUAUGCAACACCAUUGUCUCAGGUGUCUAGUGGCAAUCUUCAUGCGCCAUUUGGGGAAAUGGACUGUGUUGGAGUUGUUGUACAUGUCGCUCCUCUCUCUGGAAAUUACCAGACAGUCUACCUAGCUGAUGCAGACAUGGAUAUUGUGGGCAUUUCUUUCUGGAAUGGUCUUAAGGGUUCAGGUUGGGAGGAUAUACUUCAGCAGAAGGCUUUAGUGGCUUGUAGUAAUCUACAAAGUCGUGUGGGUGCUGCUGUUCACUGGAUACCCACAACAUAUGCCACAGAAUUUUCAAUUUUUUCGCAACAUCCUCGUCAAAAGCACCUCAUUGCAGCUCUUGACUCACUGAGAAGUAAUCUUAAUAUGGAUAUUGACAAUUUUUCAUAUACUUGUGAAGGAAUUGUUUUGUCAUUCCUAAAUGAGAAUUUUGUGACUCCAGUGAGAAAUGCAUCUCUUAAUGUGAGACAAACAAAACCUUCAACAGCAGAAUUAUCACAGCUAAGUAAACCAGCUGUUACACCAGAAUUGAGUGAAAAAGUUCAGCGUAGGCUGUUCAAGCUGGAACAGUAUGGCGAACCUCCCAGUCUCUCACCAUUGGCUCUGACCCCACGAAGUCGUGUGCUCAAAAAGAAUUUCCAUGUGCCUCUGAAGACUGAUCAGACAGCAGAGUUAUCUUGUGAUGAUAGUCCUCCAAUGAGCCUUGACUCCGAUGGUACUUAAGUAGUCUUUGAUUAAAAGAAUUAUGUGAUAGUGUGGCUUUUUUUUUUGUAUAAGGCAGUGUUCAGUGCCAUUGCAAAAGUUCAUUUAUUUUUCAGGGACCUCAUAUUGAAAAGAACGUAAUUUUUGUUAUAGUAGAAGAUAAUAUACUGUUUUAAAGAAACAAAAUGUAAUCUUUUAUCACAGUCAUUUAACAAGCAGGUAAAUUCUUUUUCAUGCUGCUGAAAUAGUGCUACCAUAAAAUUAUGUAUAUUUCUAUAUUUCUUGGUAUCCAAGAAGAUUAGUAUGGCAGAUUGAUAUAUUAUUGUUUUAUGUAUAGUGUAAGAAGUUUAUUUUAAUAGCAUCGUUGAUGCACAGAAAAGUACAAAAAUGAAUGCACCAUUAUUUGAGAAUCACAUAGAACUGAAGAUGACUUCUUUAUGAGGGACCAUGUUGGACAAAGCUCUUGAAGCAGCUAUACAUUUUUUCUGUUCCCUUAUCAUAUAAAAGUCUGUAGCUUUUUAAAGUUCAUGGUGUGUUAACAUCUGUACGAACUGCUGAAGUUUCAAACCAACUCUACUUAACUGUUCAAGUAAACAAACACAGUUUUGUAUGAAGGAUUUGUUAGACACUGCUUACGGAAACACAAAGUUCCUGAUAUCAUUAUUUUUUUCUGUAGUUGUGGAUGGUGCUUCUAAUUAAGUUUUAUUGCCCUUUAUUAUAAUUAGGAAUGUAAAAAAUCUUUGUUGUAGCUGUGAAACACUAAUCCAGAGAUACUAUCGUACUGUAUUGAAUAACAUUUGUGUGAUUUUUGAAACCAGAAAACUUUUAAGUAAAGUUGAAACUGAUAGGUUUAUUGUAACUUUUAAUUAUCUGUGAUAUCUUUGAUAGUAGUGUUUUGUCUGUGUAUGUGCAGCUGCACUGAUUGUGAUUUUAAUGUAUGGUUAAU